AGUUAUGAAAACAAACUCUGGUACACUGAACUGCUGUAUUGCAGCGAACACACUUUGCCGAAAUGUCUGUCGUGUUGUCGGUGCUGGCAGCUGCAAUAUUUGCAUAUAUACUCAUUUAUUACAGUCUGUUCAGAGGAUCCAGAUUUAAGAGCAGCGCAACGUUAAAAGGGAAGACGGCAAUUGUGACAGGGAGUAACACAGGUAUUGGCAAAGCCACUGCGUUGGAUCUGGCCAGAAGAGGAGCCAGGGUUAUUUUGGCCUGUCGCACCAAAGAAAAAGCAGAAGCUGCUGUGUAUGACAUUAGAAGGGAAAGUGGGAACACUGAAGUGCUGUAUAUGCAUUUGGACUUGGCCAGUCUGAAGUCUGUACGCAACUUUGCCGAAACCUUUCUUAAGAGUGAACCUCGACUCGACUUGCUUAUCAAUAAUGCAGGACUCAUCGCAUGUGGCAAAACAGAAGACGGGUUUGGCAUGGCGUUUGGGGUCAAUCACUUGGGUCAUUUUCUGCUCACCCUAUUGUUGUUGGAUCGUCUAAAGGAGGCAGAGCACAGCCGUAUAGUCAACGUGUCUGCACUGCUUCAUCGCCUGGGGUCCGUGGAUUUCAACCUUCUCAACGCACAGAAAGAUUUGGUCACCGGCCAGUCGUACUGGCACGCAAUCAGAGCUUACUGUCACAGCAAACUGUGUAAUGUGCUCUUUACGCGAGAGCUCGCAAACUGCUUGGAGGGGACCAAUGUCACCUGCUACUGCUUGCAUCCGGGUGUGAUAGCCACUGAGAUCGGUCGGUACAUGGGACUGUGGCAAAGGCUGCUUGCGUUUCCCAUGUCAAAGCUGUUUUUCUUGGACACUGAGGCUGGAGCACAGACCACACUUUACUGUGCUUUGCAAGAGGGCCUUGAGCCUUUAAGCGGACGUUACUUCUCCUCCUGCGGACUACAGAAUGUAAGUGCUCUGGGGCGGGACGAUGCCCUGGCAAGGAAGCUGUGGGAAGUCAGUGAGAGGUUGUGUGGCCUGUCAUGAGCAAGAUCAUCCAGGUUUGUGGUACUGAACAACUGAAGAUGAAACACAAACACUAAGCUGUUUCGCAGAAAUUAAACAAAGCACACUACUAUUGUUGUUUGUUUCACAACAAAAAAAUCAUUUACUCAUUUAGUAUCUCUAUAAAACUCAUAUUAUUUCAUACAGCAGUACCUAACUCGAACACAUUUGCAUUUAUUGAAAACACUAUUUGCAUUCACUUUCUAAAUCUUUGAAUUAUAAUGUUUGUAUAAAGGUUUAUAUGUUAUGUCAUGCUUUUCAUUACUUUCCUGUUUUCUACCUGAGCAUAUAAAACAUGCCAUGCAUUGGCACA